AUGCUCCGCAAAAAGGUUGAUGUCAUCAUCUUUGGUGCUACCGGAUUUACAGGAAAAUUCGUGCUUGAGGAGUUCCAUCGCUACGCUUCCUUGCCGUUGAAAGAUGCAUCUACUGGUAAAGCUGUACCUACCUUUGCCGCUGCUGGGAGAAGUGAACAAAAGCUCAAAGAACUAACUCUUGGUAUUGAUGCAAAUAUCCCGAUCAUCGUUGCCAAUAUUGAAGACAAGGAAUCUCUUGAAAAAAUGGCGGCUAUGUGUCGUGUUCUAAUUAAUUGUGUGGGGCCUUUUCGAUUUUAUGGCAAGUCUGUAAUAGAGGCCUGCAUCUCUAUGAAAUGCAACUAUGUCGAUAUUAGCGGUGAACCUCAAUUUAUGGAAGAGUGUUUGAUCUUGUAUAAUGACCUCGCCAUUAAGAGCAAUGUAUCGAUUAUCUCUGCGUGUGGAUUUGAUUCCAUUCCAGCCGAUAUUGGGGUCUUUUUCACGUUGAAGAACAUUCUGAAAGAAAAAAGUAGGAAACCCCUUUCAGUGGAAUCUUUUAUUGAGGUGGAGAAUUCUAUGGGAAUGCCGGUGAAGGGGCAUUUCACCAGCUUCGAAUCGGCUGUACAUGGUUUCUCAAGCCACGAAAAUCUAAAUGACUUGCGUCAGAGAGUUCCUUCUUUUGAUAAAAAGAUCCCCGACUCCACCACAAUAGGCGGCGAAACAUUCCAGAGAAAACGAUGGCCUUUUUACGAAGAUCGAAUUGGAAAGUGGUGUGUCCCAUUUCCUGGCUCAGAUCCAUCAAUUGUUCGUCGCUCGAUUUCUGCUCUUGUUGCCCAGAAUUACACAUGCAACUUUCCAUAUGCUGCCUACUUUGCCGUAAAUUCAUUUUACUCGCUAGUUGGGCUUGUGCUUUUUUCUAGCAUCUUUUAUUUGUUGACUAGAUUUCAAUGGGGAGUCUUUUCUCAUGAAGGUCCAACUCGCGGUGAAAUCGAUACUACCCGUUUCAGCAUCAAAUUUUAUGGCUCCUCCGUUUUGGAGGAUGGAAGUGAGCCAAAAACAUUUCGUGCAGUUCUUACGGGGCCUGAACCAGGAUAUAGAGCUACGCCAGCCUGCAUCACGCUUGCAGCAAUGACGAUCCUUGAAGAAGAGCACAAUAUCCCAAAGGGCGUUAUUACCCCAGUAACUGCAUUUAAAGAUACCAGCUUUAUUGAGAGGUUCCAGAGCAGUAGUUUAACGUUGCGGAUGGACGAAUAG